AUGGCGUUCUUGGCCCUCGCCCCCUCCGUUAACCUCCGAUUCCGGCCACUAUCCUCCCCAAAUCCCCGGCGGCCACCCGCCGCCCCCAAAUCCCUCCACCUCACCUAUAAAUUCCGAUGUCUGGCCAACAACAGCCUCAGAAACUCCGACAACCCACGUGGAGGGAAUGCUGCUGCUUUCUUUUCCCUUAGACAGAAACUGCUCUCCGGCGCCUCCGCGAUCCGCCGCUCUACCACAGUCGCCUCGGCCUCGGCGGCAGCCCCGUCUGCUCCUCAGCCUCAGCCGUGGCAGGGAGCCGCCAUGAAACCCCUCGCGGCCUCCAUCGCGACGGGGGUCAUCCUCUGGUUCGUGCCCGCCCCUGACGGCGUCUCCCGCGUCGCCUGGCAGCUGCUCGCCAUCUUCCUGGCCACCAUCGUCGGGAUCAUCACCCAGCCGCUGCCGCUCGGCGCCGUCGCCCUGCUGGGCCUCGGCGCAUGCGUCCUCACCAAAACCCUAACCUUCGCCGCAGCUUUCUCUGCCUUUGGGGACCCGAUCCCCUGGCUGAUCGCGCUUGCCUUCUUCUUCGCUCGGGGAUUUAUCAAGACCGGGCUGGGCAACAGAAUCGCCUACCAAUUCGUAUCCCUGUUCGGGAGCUCGUCCUUGGGAUUAGGUUACAGUCUCGUUUUCAGCGAGGCCCUUCUGGCGCCGGCCAUCCCUUCAGUCUCCGCCAGAGCCGGCGGAAUUUUCCUGCCGCUGGUGAAAUCCCUUUGUGUUGCCUGUGGUAGUAACGUCGGGGACGGGACAGAAAGCAGGCUGGGCUCCUGGCUGAUGCUAACCUGCUUCCAAACGUCUGUGAUCUCGUCUUCAAUGUUCUUGACGGCUAUGGCCGCUAAUCCCCUGGCGGCUAAUCUGACUUUGAGCACCAUAAAUAUGCCUAUUGGAUGGGUAGAUUGGGCUAAGGCUGCAGUUGUGCCGGGACUAGUUUCUUUGAUCGUGGUCCCAUUUUUGUUGUAUCUAAUCUAUCCGCCUACUGUUAAGAGUAGCCCGGAUGCGCCCAAGUUAGCUAGGGAGAAGCUGGAGAAGAUGGGGCCCAUGUCGAAGGAGGAGAUCAUCAUGUCUGGAACUUUGCUUCUCACGGUGGGGCUCUGGGUUUUCGGGAGUUUCUUGAGUGUGGAUGCAGUUACAGCAGCCAUUCUUGGAUUGUCUGUUCUCCUUAUAAGUGGUGUGGUCACAUGGAAAGAGUGUCUUUCCGAAUCUGUUGCUUGGGACACCCUUACUUGGUUUGCCGCACUUAUUGCAAUGGCUGGGUACCUCAACAAAUACGGUCUCAUUUCCUGGUUCAGCCAAACAGUCGUAAAGUUUGUUGGUGGAUUGGGCCUCUCGUGGCAGCUAUCGUUCGGCAUUCUUGUUCUUCUCUACUUUUACUCGCACUAUUUCUUCGCAAGUGGGGCCGCGCACAUUGGUGCAAUGUUCACGGCAUUCUUGUCGGUGGCAAGUGCACUGGGCACUCCAUCUUACCUGGCAGCUUGUGUUCUCUCCUUUGUUUCGAAUCUCAUGGGCGGCAUUACUCACUAUGGGAUCGGGUCGGCCCCGGUUUUUUACGGGGCCGGCUAUGUGCCUCUAGCAAAAUGGUGGGGCUAUGGAUUCUUGAUCUCUAUUGUCAAUCUUGUGAUCUGGAUUGGGGUCGGAGGCAUCUGGUGGAAGGCCAUCGGCUUGUGGUAA